AUGCAAAAACAAACCAUUACCACACAGAAUACACCUUCUAAAGAAGAAAUGUCGUCCCCUUUAUCCGAGAAUAACUUUGAAAAUUCGAAACAAAAGUUCUGUAUUAAUAAUUCUGAACAGAUAGACUCGCGAUGUGAUGAUACUCCAACGUCUGAAAUAUCCGAUAAUUCUUCAAAUUCUGAUAUUUAUAAGGAGUCUUUGACUCGAUGCUCUACAUCACCUAUAUAUCGAGAGGUACUCUCAGAUGCGAAAACAUUCUCACGAAGUGAGACUCCUCAGGAAGAAAAGCGAUUGCCUCUUAAUCAUAAUGAAAAUCCGAAUACUCCAGAAAUGAAGAUUCCUUAUUCCGAGCCCAAAUCUACUAAUCUAUUACCCAAUCAAAAAAUUCCCUAUAAUCAAAAAGUGGAACGAGGUUUGAGACACGAGCUAUUUGUUUGCAUUACAGACAAUAAUAGUAAAGGUAAUAAAAUAGUUGAUAUUCAGAUUCCCGAAUUCUCUUUAGAAACCAUUUUAACUGGAUCUAGUAAAGUUACAUCACAAAAUAUAGUUGAUCUAUUUAGGGUAGCAAUGAAGGUUCGACAAAAGGAAAGUUUGUGCUGGUAUUGUUAUUAUAAAGCAUACGAAAAUCGAGUCAGUGAUGUUAAGUCUGUGAAUAAUAUUGAUGUCCAAUCGGCAAGGACAUUAGUAUAUAAUGAAAUCAAAUCACUUCUUCCAGAUAUUACCGAUGUGAACUUGCGUAAAAUAACCUCAAGAGCUAAAAAAGUCUAUAUAUUAUACGAAGGAAUAGGAAUAGAUAAAAUUGGUCAAGUAACUUAUAGUGCAAGUGCUAUUUCAAGCCUAAAAGAUAUUCAAAUUCAAAAUAUUAUAAAUGAUUUUUCCAAGAAAUCGACUGAUAUGAAUCGCCAGGCACAGAGUACCAUUUCUUCCGAAAUAAAAGUGAUCGGCGUGACAAAUUGUCACGCGCAUAUGUCAAGUUCAACUGAUUUGUCAAAUACUAAGCGUACAUGUAAUACAUUGGCUAAAGAAUUUUUUAUUUCUAUCACCCAAUAG